AGUCUGAGGCUGCCUUACCGCAGCGGCCCCGCUGAGCGUCUAGACCUGGUGCGCUCUUCGCUCUCCGCUUCAGACUCCGCGGGAGCGCAGGCGAGCUGCCGCUCCCACCCCCACGCCCACCAGGUGCAUUGAUCGUCUCCUUCCUGCACCCUAACAGCGGUGAUCAGUCACCUAGGCUGUCAGGGACAAAGGGAAGUGAAGAACAGCCCGGGCCAGCCCGGAGACCGGACACGUAAGCCCCUUGCGGACCCUGAGAUUGCCCGGGGGGAAGAUCAUUGCGUCCCGUUAGCCAGCAGGUUGCUAGAGCCGGGAGCCCCAGAUCCCGAGCCUGGACUCUAACCCCUUCGAGUGGUCUUUCCAGAGUAGGAUUGACCCAGCCUGUGUUCUGCAGUCCACCCGGCUCCCUCCCGCCCCAAGAUUAGCCUCCACUGGGCAGCGUCAUGGCCAUGAACCUUCUGCAAGAUUGGUGCAAGGAGCUGGAAGUGGAGGUCCACAGGGCCCUGCUGAUCACGGGCAUCCCUGAGCACCUGCAGCAGGCGGACAUCGAAGCCACCCUGAGGCCGAACUUGCAACCCCUGGGCAGCUACAGGCUUCGGACUGUGAGAUCUGUGACCAAGGAGAAGGCUCAGGCCGCCUUGGUGGAGUUUGGGGCAGACAUAGACCACUCUGCCAUCCCCAUUCACAUCCGGGGAGAUAAUGGAAUCUGGAAGAUCCUGAGUAAGGACCGCGGGCAAGAUGCGCGGGUCCUUAGGCAGAUGAGGCGCCUGUUGCUAGAUGAAAGGCCCAUGGAUGACUUCAGAGAAAUAGCCAUCCCUCUGGUAUUGGAGGCCCAGGCCCAGGCCAAGGGGUUGGGGAAGGAGGCCAAGAAGGCUGGCUCCUCCGAAGGGGCACCCAGGCACGGCCGUCGGGGCCGUCGGGGAGGCAAGCGCAGAUCUAGAACCCACAGGUUCACGGCUCAGAAGGGCAAGAAGAGGGGCCGGGGAGGGCGCCGCGCCAGGAGUGAGUCGGAAGACUCAUCCGAUGACAGCCUGGGUAUUGUCAUAGAGGAGAUCUAUGCAGAGGACCUGAGCGUAGAUGAGGACCAGAGGGCCCUGUAUGCCACGCUCCAAGCAGCUGCCAAAGAGCUCACCAAGAAGUGGGCCUUCCGGGGAGACCAAGAUGAAGGAGAUGGCCCCCGAGAGUUCUUGGCACUUGUCACUGUCACCGACAAAGCUAAGAAGGAAGAGAUCGAGAAAGACCUUCCUGGUACAGAGUCCAUCUGCUUAAACAUCAAAGAUGAAAAGAGUGGGGUCCCUGAUUUAGUUGCGCUCCUGGCUGUAAGAGAUACCCCGGUAGUGGAUGUAGAUAGCGAGGGGGAAGAGGAAGAUGAAGAUGCAGAAGAGGAAGAAGAAGAUGCAGACGAUGAUGAUGAUGAUUCCGACGACGACGGCGAGUCUCUGGAAAAUGUAGAGCGAGGAAAAGAAGGGGUGGACAACCCGGAGUUUGUGGCGAUCGUGGCUUAUACCGACCCCGCUGACCUCUCUGCCAGGGAGGAAAUGCUCAAAAUCGCUUCUGUGAUUGAGACCCUAGGCUGGGGCGAUAAAAAAGACAAAAAAGAUGUCCUUCCUCAAGUCCUGUCUGUCAUGAACAAGGACACCUCUGGGCCCAGAGUGAAGGUAGAGGAGGCCGGCCGUCAGGUGGACGCCAUGGUCCUGAGGAAGGCGGAGGAAGAUGGGAAUCUUCUGGAAUGUAUCUCUACCUUGGCGGAAGCAGAGAACAGCACUAAGGGAAAGAAGUCUGGACUGGGUCUCCUCAGAGGGUGGACCGCUGAGGGCCACCAGGGUGGCCUCCUGGAGCUGGUGGCACUCCUGGCUGCGCAAGAUAUGGUGGAGUCAGUGAAAGAGGAAGAAGCCAGCAGGUGGGGCGGUGGUGGCAGUGGCGGCAGGAAGUGUGAUCAUAGCCAAGGCGGCUUAUCCGACGUCCUGGCUUUCCUGGCCUCCCAGGAGAACCUAGAAUCCAACGAGGACUCGGAUGACGAUUCAGACACAGCGUCUGAGGAAGAUUCAGACGACACCGACAGCGAAGAGUCAGAACCCGGCGACAGCGUGUCCAAGAAGCCCCGCGCCAAGAGAGCGCGCACCGGCUCCAAAGGCCUGGCUCCUGCUGGCGCCACCGCGCUCUCCACCGCAUCCAGGGCACGCAAACCCCGCAGGGGUGGCCGCGGUCGUGGCCGGGGCGUCACUCCAGAGAAGAAAGCGGGGAGCGGGGCUGCAACCGAAGACCACGCGGGCAACAACACCAACAAGAAGAAGAAGGGAUCUGCGGGCACCGGGGCCCGUGCCAGGGCUGGCGAGGCCAAGGGACAGCCAGUUGCUGUUCCCAAGUCUACCCGCGGGAAGAAAGCACGUCGGGGCCCAAGGCGGGCGCCCAAAUGCCGUUAGUGCCACAGACGUCACUAGGAGCCCUGUCUCUUGUGUGUGAACUCCCUCCCCCAUUCUCUCGCUCUCUCCCCUGCUUCCCCCUCUCGCUUAACCGCGUGCAUUUUGCUUUGUGCUCUGCCUCAUCCCUGGCUGGCUAUAUGACCAGUGCCCAGCCUUCCCUCUUAGUUUCAUGAACAGAUGAGUGAGCGAUCGUGAUGGCUGAAGCCUCGAUACGACGAAGAAAGAGACAAGACACUCGGAUGCAGUGGCCAGUGGGUGCAGAGAAGAUGUGGGCUUGGAAGACCCCAGCCUGACUGUGUGUGGGUACCUGGCACUCCUGCCUGCCUAUCCUUCCAGGCACCUGCUUCAGGCCAAACAGCUGGUAUCGACCGUGGGCCACCUCUGGCGUGUCGGGGCCUAAGGGGAAAAUAAGAGAGUGUUGGGCAUUACAGGCAUUAGCUGAGCUUG